AUGGUUCUCUAUCUUCUCAUGGUAUACAGAGCUGUUGUGAAGGCUUCAGGUGAGGAGGUCGCUGUCAAGCUCAUUGACAUGGAAGUACUGGACGAGACGAUGGAGCUGAUUGUCCAAGAGGCGGUUGUGAUGAAACGUCAACGGCAUGUCAACCUGCUCGAGCUGUACGCCGCAUUCGUCUGCGAUCACUACUUGUGGAUGGUGAUGCCUUUUGUUUCUGGAGGCUCGCUGGAAGCGCUGUUGACCACUGGGUACCCAAAGGGGCUGCGAGAAGUGGAGAUAGCAACCAUCAUGAAGCAGGUCUUGGAGGCCCUGGCAUACAUGCAUGGGCGCGGUGUGCUGCAUCGGGACAUCAAGGCAAGCAACAUUCUGGUAGGCAGGGAUGGGAGGGUGCGGCUGUCUGAUCUGGGCGUUGCGGCAAAAUUAGAGCGCAACUUCUCGGGGAGCCAACAUUCGUUUGCGUCCCUGGAGCGGCGGAACACGUUUGUGGGGAGCCCUGCUUACAUAGCACCAGAGCUGCUGACCGGCAGCGACGAGGGGUAUGGGCUUCCAGCAGAUUUGUAUUCUUUUGGAGUGACCUUGGUGGAGGUGGCUGUGGGUGCCACGCCCUAUGUGGACCUGUCUUUUGAGGAGAUGGCCAUCAAGAAGGUCAACUGCAAUGCAGUGCCGAUGCUGGCUGUUGAUGCGCAUGGCAAGCGCUUCUCACAGGAAAUGGGGGAUGUGGUAGCGCAGUGCCUGCAAACCCAGCCGGACGAGAGGCCGUCUGCAGCGCAUCUGCUCAAGCACAAGUUCUUCCGCCUGGCAGCCAGGGACCCCCAGAGUCUUGUGCGCCGUCUGUGGAACGGCGUGCCUACAAGCCACCAAGAUUCAUCCCCGCACUCCGCCGAUGGUGCAGCUGCAAAGGAAAAUGAGGAAGGCUUGCAGCAUGGGAAGGGCUCAGGGUGGCUUAGCCAGGACCCAUCUUCUCAUGCAGGAAGUGAGUUGCCGGAGACAUUUGAUGCUGCAUAUGGCAGCAUGCUGAUCAAGCGGCUACUGCAGCACCACAUGACCCAGCCAGAGUCGCUCCAAUUGGAGAAGGCUCCUAUGCAGGAUGUGCUGAAAACAUGUGGGCAGGAGACUGUUCUCCCCUGGCUGCUUUCAGCUGCAAUCAGUGGGUGCAAGGGGCUGUUCUUGGGGAUUGGUGAGAUGCGGGGGCUUGGGCUGCAGCAUCUCCAUGGCAUGGGGUUCCUGAUGGGCCGAAUGACAGGGGAGGAUGGCCUGCCAGUCUGGUCUGGUCCCAGCUACCUGGAAAUUGCCUCUAGCAGGUCAGGCGUGGGGGCGGGCAGGAUCAGGACAGAGCUUGUGCACAUUCUAGCCAACGACUUCACGCUUCAGAAGUUCAAGGCGCAAAAUGUGUCAGGCACCGAGCUUGCCCUGACUGAUCUUGGCGAUGAUAUGACUGUCGAGGACGUUCAGGAAUUCAUAAAGACUGCACAAGCUGACAACGAGCAUUCCUACGUGCUCUCUCUGCGCGCUAGAGAAGGCACCACCCUCAGUCUGCUCCGCCUUUAUGGAUAUGCUCAGCCUGAUCAUGCUGCAAACAAGCGGAUAUAUGGGAAGGUUGUGACUCCUACAGACAUACUGGAAGGCAGAGUGCCGCCACCUUCAGCAUUCUCAUUCAAAGGAUUUGGCCAGCUUGUGGAUGACCUGCAUAUUGUGGAAGAAUAUGCAGCCGGCAGUGUUCCGCCCAAAUUUCAGCGCAAGAGUUCACAGCCUAGGAAGGCCUGGCGUGCCUAUGAGACUGUGCGCGGAUUCCACAGGUUUGGAUCCAACAACAGCCGCAGCUGA